GGAAAGUCAAUCGAAUGCAAAAAGGGAAGAAGAAGAACACACAACAAGACGGAUCAACAUGGCGGUCCCUGGUAAAAAAUACGGGUUGAUCUUGCCACAGAAGAAAGCUCAGACGCAGAAACCUAUUGCCACAAAAUCUAUAUUUGGAGAUGAGUCUGAUGAAGAGACAACAGUCGGAGAGAGCUUGCUCAAGGAGGCAGCUAAAAAGAAGAUAAUGAGACAGACCAAGCUGGAGAUGCAGAAGGCUCUGGAGGAGGACAGCAGUGUCUAUGAGUAUGACGCUGUAUAUGAUGACAUUCAGAAAGAGAGACUAGAGAGCCACCAGAAAAUUCUUGGUGGGGCAGACAAGAAGCCAAAGUAUAUUAACCAGUUAAUGAAAGCAGUAGAGGAGAGGAAGAAGGAGCAAGAACGAAGAGAUGAGCGAAAAAUCCAGAAGGAGAGAGAGCAAGAAGGGGAGAAGUAUGCAGACAAGGACUCCUUUGUCACCUCUGCUUACCGACAGAAGCUGAAGGAGAGGGAGGAGGAACGGGAGAGGGAGAAGAGACAGGCCGAGAUGGAAGCUGCUUUGGAUGUGAAAAAGCAAAAGGAUCUGAGUGGUUUUUACCGUCACCUGCUUAAUCAGACGGUUGGGGAGGAACCUAUACCUGAUGGGACGUCUCGCAGGGAAGAGAAGCCAAAGGUGAAGGAGGAGCAGCAAACCCCUCCCCAAUCUCCUCCUCCUCCUCCUCCUCCUGCCUGUGACAUCGGCUCUUCUGCUGAGGAAGAUGAGGAUAAGGAGGAUAAGGAGGACAGCGAGGUGAGAGGUGCGAAGACCGAGUUCAACAAGGCGUCACACAGCAACUCCAAACGGCAGUACAGGAAACAGAGAUCCCCCUCCCCGGGCAGCAGAGAAGAGGACGCCAAAGACCGCGACCGAGAGAGGAAGAGAGACCGAGAGAGGGACAGGGAUAGAGACAGAGAGCGAGAAAGAGAGAAAGAAGACAGGCACGGUCAUAAAAGAGACGAGAAGGAUCACAGGAGGGAGAGGGAGAGAGAGAGGGAUAGAGACAGGCAUGACGAUCGGAACAGGGGAAAGAGGGACAAGGAGAGGGAGGACAGACAUGGAAGGAGUGAUGGCAGAGACAGAGAAAGGGAUAGGGAGAAGGAGAAGGAAAAGUCAUCCAGACAUGAAGAUGGUGACCGUGAGAGCAGAGAACAUAAGAACAGAGACCGAGAGAAGCAGAGAGAAGACAAAGAUAGCGCUCAGAACGACAAAGAGAAGGAACCGGAAAAAGAGAGGAGAGAGGACAAGAAGAGAGAGGCUGCCAACAACACCGAUAAGUCAGACGAGCAGGGCGCCUCUCAACCUAGCAAGUUUGCUAAACGCAGCAACGAACAGACUGUCAGCUCGGCCAGAGAGAGGUACCUGGCUCGCCAGAUCGCUCGAACCACAGAGAAGUCGUACAUUGAGAAGGAGGAGGAUUAAAGUUAAAGACACUCAAGUGUCUUUUAAUGAUAAUGCGGGUUGGGAUUUAAUAUUUUGUGAGGGUCAUGUCACAACCACUGCUCUACAGAUCACCAACAAAAGACACAUAGUGGCUUAGAAUGGUAAAGGUGGUUGUAAAAUGAUGUUUUUUUUUCUUUUUAUUUCAUGUACAGAAAUGCCGUUUGUCAAUAAACCUUUCACCAUUUUUGAUUGUGAUUAAAAUGGUGUGACGUGUGUGACAUGAAGAGACUUUAUUACAGCCA